UCGCCAUGUUGUUGGGAGAUGUUUGGGAGUGAUUAGCAUUUCACGAGUUUUUGUUGUGUUUCAUGAAGAUUCUUCAAAGGAUAUCAAGAGUAAGAGGCUUUAGACAAGAAUUCUUUGUUACAUUGUGGACAGAGGGAUCCUGAUGCGGCUAUGCCCCUGGCAGGGCAUGGAAAGGGAGGAUUCUUUAGGAAUUCAGAAUAUUCGGGCUUGUUUGAUGAGCAAGACCCAGAGAAACUCUUUAUUGAUCUGAGGGAAAUUGGACAUGGCAGCUUUGGUGCUGUGUACUAUGCCAAAAAUGUUAAAACUAAUGAGGUGGUGGCAAUCAAGAAGAUGUCCUAUAGCGGCAAACAAUCCAGUGAGAAAUGGCAAGACAUUGUGAAAGAAGUAAAAUUUCUAAAGCUCUGUAACCACAAGAACACCAUUAGCUACAAGGGAUGUCAUUUGAAAGAGCAUACAGCAUGGCUUGUCAUGGAGUAUUGUGUUGGUUCAACUUCAGAUAUUUUAGAAGUUCACAAGAAACCACUUAGAGAGGUAGAGAUUGCUGCAAUAUGCCAAGAUGCUUUACAGGGUCUUAGAUAUCUGCACAGAAAUGGGAGAAUUCACAGGGAUGUGAAAGCGGGAAACGUUCUUUUGACUGAAGAUGGAACAGUCAAGUUGGCUGAUUUUGGCUCAGCAGCUCUGGCAGCUCCAGCAAAUUCUUUUGUGGGCACACCAUAUUGGAUGGCUCCUGAAGUUAUCUUAGCCAUGGAUGAAGGACAGUAUGAUGGAAAGGUGGAUGUGUGGUCAUUAGGAAUCACGUGUGUUGAACUAGCUGAGAGAAAGCCACCUCUUUUCAACAUGAAUGCCAUGAGUGCCCUCUAUCACAUUGCUCAAAAUGAUCCACCAAUGCUCUCUACUCCAGAGAACUGGAGUGCAGGCUUUGUUGAAUUUGUUCAGCUAUGCUUGAAGAAGCAACCAGCUGAAAGACCUACAGCUGAGGAUCUUCUACAACAUCCAUUUGUAUCACAACCAAGACCUGCGUGCAUCCUUCUUGAGCUGAUUGAGAGAACAAAACAGGCUGUUAGGGCCCUGGACAACAUGAAUUACCGCAAAAUGAAGAAGAUGAUCAUGGGGGAUCCUGCUGGAGAGUUAAGUGAAGAAGGGGACAGUUCUAUUGCUGAGACAGAAGAUGAUGAUGACAAGUCAGAGGCAUCUCUAUUCAUUGUCCCCAAGUCCGCAUGCCAUGUAAACUUUGAUGGGGUGUUGGAGGAAGGGGACGGUCCUUCGGCAUCUGAGGACAGCUUGGCUUUCUCUGAAGACUCCUUAUCUUCGUCAUCGUCAUUUCUUCACUUCAGAUCUUCACAGAGUGCCGAGAUGGAAAAGAACAAGAAAGCGAGUGUGAGCAGCACAGCUAGUGUUGCUAGCAGCACGGACAGCAUACAAGGAGCCGAGCAAGAUAAUGAUACAGCUGCUGCUGGAAUUUCUUCGUUUGCUGCUUCGUCUAUCAGUUUGCAACAACAUCGUGAAGACGAUGACAGGUUUGCCACCAUCCGCCCGCAAAACCUGAUCGCCCGACAGCACCAGGAACACAACAGGCAGGGUGACGAGAUGAGAGAUCAGCUCGAAGUCUACAAGAAGCUGAGGCAGACUCAUCAGAGGGAAGUACUGGUGCUGGAGAGCAGGCUACAGAUGGAAAUGAAUGAUCAUCGCAGGAAUCUUGAUAAGGAAUAUGAUCAGCAGGUACACCAGUUUGAAAGAGACCUGGAAAAACUACGGACCAGACACAAGACUGAAAUGGAGCAAAAGCUGAAACAAAUGUCAGCAGACGAGAGGAGAUUGCUGAAACACAUCAAAGAUAAGCACGACAACGACAUGAAAAUAUUUCUCUCCGAUCAGAAGGCGGCGUACAAAGCGGCCAAGAACCAGAUGAAAAAGGAUCAAAGUAAUCGUAUGUCUUAUCAAGGCAGAAAGAAUACAUUACACGAAUCGCAAGAGAGAGCGCAGCGAGAAAAAAUGCACGAACACGACAUUGUGCGCAACGCUGAACUGAGAAAGUUUCGCCGAGAACAACUCCUGCAGCGGCAGAACUUGGAAAAAGUUUUACUCACUGAGGAGAUGAACAAGCUGAAUGAGCAGAAGGAGAUGUCGCACGCGAUGUUGAUAAGACAUCAUGAAUGUACUCAGGACAUGGAGUUCAGGCACUUGAGCUCGGUGCACAGGCUGAGACGAGAUCAGCAGCAGAACCAGCACCAGACAGAAUGGAACAGUCAAGUUGAGUACAAUAAACGGGUCGAGAUGGAACUCAGAAAGAAACAUUUGUUUGAACUCAAAAUGCAGCCCAAAACUCUCAAGGCGCGCGAAAUGCACAUCAAGAAGCAAUACAGAAACGCGAUCAAGACACAGACGCUGCAGUACAAAGCUCUGCAGAAACAGAUAUUGGAGAAAACACCGAGAGAAAAGCACAAGGAACUCACUAAGCAACUGCGCGAGGAGAAGAUGAGAAAGAUGGCAGAUCUCUCACUUCAGUACGAUCAGAGCAUUUCUGAAAUGCUGCAGAGACAAACGUUGAAGCUGGACGAAAACCAAGUGCGCGAACAGGAAAAUCUACGAGUCAAGCUCCAACAGGAACAAGAGUUAUUAAGCGCCUACCAGAGUAAACAGACCAUGCAACUAAGGGCCCAGCACGAGCGCGAAGAGAAGGACUUACAGGACAAGGUCUCGGUUAGAAGGGCCCUUUUGGAAGAAAAGAUGUUUCAAGAGACAACUCGCCUGCAGGACUUUAGAGCGCAAAAGCAAGAAGAGCUUGAACUCAAGCAUGUAAAGGAGUUGGAAGAUUUUGACACUAACUCUAAUAUGAGUAGUAGCAGUGGGUCGAACACGUUCUCUUUGAAACACAGGAGUACCAGCAGUAUCAGUACUGUAAGCAACUCCAGUACAUCAAGCACAAGGAGCACAGAGAACAACGGCACGGUGGUUCAACAGAAGACCAAUGACGAGAGAUUACAGGUCAGCGCUGGCCCCAUGCGUGUAUAACCAACUGCAGGGAGUAUAGUAUGUCUCUUGCAUUACAUGAAGUAUAAAGCUUCAUUGAUACUUCUGGAGACUGCCGUCACGGUGACGGACAUGAAAGAGAAAUCUUAUCAUAUUCAAAUUCUUUAUGGAAUAUAUUGAGCGUGGUUCCUCAGGAUCUCGCCCAUGAGACAAUCGCGUAUGGUACAUGUCUUUGUGCGGUAUCCGCGCGUGUGUACGACUGGGAUGUAACUUGGCCUCCUUACGAAUGCUUCUGUGUUUUUUAACAAGUCAAGGGGGCGUAUAACGUUAUUAUUGUGACUUUAAGAUACGUGGAGUUAAAGUGGAGUUUAAGUCGGCGAGGAGUUGUGUAUUGAGAGCAGCACGGUCUAUAAAAAGUUCACUUUAAUGAGUGUUUCUUUUGGACGGUGCAAGUGGCAGAUUGUCUUAUUAUCUCUGCUGUUCUUGUGUCUUUGGGAUUUGGCUGUCCAUUCCUAUCGUUUCGUUCGCUAAAAUAUGGAGUCAAUAUGGGCCGAAGUGCUUAAGCAUGGCAGAUAGAGAGGUGACCAUUGUGAGAAACAGUUUAUGGUAAGAUCCACAAUGUUCGUUUUGGACCUGCCAAAAAGUCACCGUAUUUCGGAGCUUAUUCCAUGAAGUUUUAGCGAAUAUAAUAGAAGUAAUUUUCUGCAAGUCACAACUCAGUGUGAUAAUUGCGUUUUUUAGAAAGAACUCACACAACAUGCGUCAGAUAUAUGUUGUCUAUUUUUGUACAGAAGCAAAAGGUUUCUUUGAUAUUUGCCUAUAUCAGUUUGUUCUCUCCCUUUUUCUUGUAAGCCUUUGAUUGUUCACCGUUAACUUGCAUCAUUUGACAAAUGAUCGUUGCCUGUUGUAGACCCUGUCAUCCUAAAGUCUCUUGGUUGACGAAGGGUGUUAAGUGCUUAAGGUGUACAAAUCCCUUAUGGUGAGGCAUAACAGAGACCCUUUUCUCAGAAAUCUUGGAUAAAUGUUCGGAGAAAAUACUUUUAGUGACUAGUUUCUGUUCGUCAGCAUUUGACUGAAAUGUGGAAUAAUCGAGGAAGUGAUCACUAAAUGGAAAAUUUAUCAUUAUAUUUCAAAAUUAUGCAAUUUUUUCUAUUCGCAAUAUUAAUUACUAUGAGGUCCGGAAAUUUUUUCGUCGUCUGUAUCAGGGCUUUUGCAGGAUAAAUAUUUCCUGUAAAUUGAAAAGCAGUCAAGGCUUGCAAAACAAAAGAGAAGUUUAAUCAGUGAACAGUAUAUGAUAAAACUAACUAUAUUUCACCCAAACGGGUCUAAUAGUUCAAAAUACGACAAACGUUAAUCCAGUAUUGAAUGUCGAAAACUCUUUCAGUUAGUUACAGGGAAAUAGCUGCUGUUCAAACCCAACAGCACCUGAUAGCCCCAGCAAAUGACUUGUAAAUCUCUGCAAUAGCUAGAAGAAUUUUUCCCUCUUAUUAAUUUUUGAACCGCGUUUUUGAUCAUUGGAACAUAAGAGUAGCACGGUUAUUUCGUAGACUAAACAGUUUUCGAUAGGUUAACAUUCCCGAUGAUUAGUGCAUUUUGCAGGCCCCAUAAGUGUAUGGCCAGCCUUUGAAGGUAACCUCUGAGUCGAUUCCAGUGAAUGAGACAACAAAUGAAAAUAUCCCAUACAUGGAGUGUUAUUUAAAAAUACAAAUAGGUCAUAAAAAUUGUUGGAUCAACGUCACGCAUUUUGAACUAUCAGGCCCCAGUUUCUUAUAUUUGCUGAGAACAAGUUAUCUUAUUACUUUCCCCUAUACAAAGGUUCUAAAAAAAAAGAAAAAGAAAGCCAAAUUACAAAUAAGUCGUCAUACUUUUUGGCCUUGAAUAAUCUCUCUUUGUUACUUUUUAGUGCAUAUUAAGUUCAAUGAAGAGAGAAUUAUUAUUAAACAAUUUACUGCCUGAAAAGUCGUGCGUAUUUAAGUUAAUGUAAGCGAUAUCAUUUUGCUGCAGCUUGUCUACGUAGUUAUCCUCAAAAGCAGUUCAUUGAUUUGUAAAUACCUAGUCGCGGGGACUGAACUUUUUUUUUCCUCUGGAAGUGGGUACACUUUGUACGAAGGUACUGUCUCUUUUCUCGUUAAAUUCCUUACCAGAAGUUAACAGUGUCAAGAUGCUGUUCGCUGCAUGUAAAUAUUUUAAGGCAAUGAAUUUGAAUUAUUAAAGUAGGCAAUAAAGAUUUUAUUUCAUCUGUUUUA